UCGGGCUGGAGCCUGAUUGGGAGCGAGAGGCAGGGGCUGCUGGCUGGCCCACAAGGACCAUGGGGAAUGGUAUGAACAAGGUUCUUCCUGGACUCUAUCUGGGCAACUUCAUCGAUGCCAAAGACCCAGACCAGCUGAGCAGGAAUAAAAUCACCCACAUCAUCUCCAUCCACGAGUCUCCUCAGCCCUUGCUACAGGACAUCACUUAUCUCCGGAUCCCAGUGCCUGACACACCUGAAGUUCCUAUUAAGAAGCACUUCAAAGAAUGCAUCAACUUCAUCCAUUACUGUCGUCUCAGUGGAGGGACCUGCCUCGUGCACUGCUUUGCGGGCAUCUCCCGAAGUGCCACCAUUGUGACAGCUUACGUGAUGACGGUGACAGGACUGGGCUGGCGAGAGGUUCUGGAGGCAGUAAAAGCAGUCCGCCCCAUCGCCAAUCCCAAUCCAGGCUUCAAGCAGCAGCUGGAGGAAUAUGGCUGGGGCAAUGCCCGGAAGCUGCGCAGGCAACUAGAGGAGAAGUAUGGAGAGAGUCCAUUCAACGAUGAAGAGGAGAUCCGGGCCUUGCUACCCCUAUGCAAACGCUGCCGGGAGGCAUCCCCAUCGGGCAGCGCUGAGGGUACCCUGCAGAGACUGGUUCCCCGACCCCCUCGAGAGGUUCGGAGGCCUCUCCCUCUUCUCACCCGAGUCAAGCAGACUUUCUCCUGUAUCCCCCGGUGUCUGUCCAGGAAAGGGGGAAAGUGAUCACUUGUAAGUUAUGUCC